AUAACAACAAUAAAACGUGAGUGAUCGUAUCGUAGCAUUAUUUAAUGUCCAGCUUUAAUGAUAAUAUUGCAUCUUAAUAAUUAUAAAAGAGAUAAAAAUCAUUAUAAAUAUGAUUGAUCCAAAUAGCGUGGAUAGUGACAAUGAUCCAGUUGAAGCCGAGUUUCCAGUAUUAUUGUCAACAACACUUGCCGAUAAAUUAUUUAUAUUUCAAUAUCCCAUAAGGCCUGCGAGUAAAGGUUAUGAUAAGACCACAUUUUUAAAAACAUCAGUUAAACCAGAAAAUCAAGAAUUUCGGAUCGAGGUUGCGAUAGAUUACAAUAGCGCUAAUUAUGAUGCAAAGAAAGGUGAAGAUAUUGCCAGAAAUGCCAAUGGACCAGCCGAUAAAUUUGAAAGUGACCAGGAGCGAGUAUUUAAUAGUAAUUUAAUGGAUAAAACUGUACUUCAAUCAUCAAGAGCAGUUCCAGAUUGUUCUAAUUAUUCAAUCGGUAGCUUUCAUGGAAAUGAGUUACAUAUUACACCUUUAAAAAGUAUUGUCCAGUUAAGACCACAGUUUAAUUAUCUUGAAGAAAAUGAUAAAAAUAAGAAAGAUGAAGAAACAAAAAAACAAGGAAAUGAUUCUGAUGAAGAGGAAGGCAGGUCAAUUAAUGUUUCAUUUUCAAGAAAUAAAUCCGAAGCAACUAAAAAAUUGCAGGAACAAUCAUUUCAUCAUCAUACAGUUAAAAGCUCUGAAGAACAAUGGAUUGAUACUCAAUAUAUAAAUUCGUCAAGCACUCAGGCCCAGCUGACACGAUUGGAAAUGUUUUGUUCAAUGAACGAAAUAUCAAAAAACAGUUUAAGACUGUCUUGUAAAGAAUAUCUUAACUUAUUGGCCAAUCCUGUAAAACCCGAUGAACAUUCAAACCCUAAUGCAUUAACCAAUGAAAGGUCCUCCAAUUGUAUUUACACGCGUCCACUUUUAGAUCAAGUUCGUAUAAUUGUAAAAGAUGCAAGAGUUAUUUCAUUCAAACAGUUAAGAUCAAUGAUAGAUGUCAAACACGAUACGGUAGAUAUUUUAAAAUAUUUACAACAAGUAGCAGUUCUUGUACAAGGAAAUUGGGUUGUUCAAAGUGAACUUGUUUAUCCAAAAGACAAAACGUCAUCUCACAAUGGAAUUAAUGCUGAGCUUAUGUGCCGGGCGAGAGAUUAUAUUUUAUUAACAUUCACUGAAAAUGAAUAUGUUACUAGAAAGGCAAUAGCUUCCGUAAUGAAAUUACCUCCCGAAGAAAUAGAAGAGAUAUUAAAAAAUUUAGGAAAAGUUGAACUAAAGAAAGGAUGGAAAUUAAUCUUGCCGCCUAAUACCGAGUUUGCAAAUAGAUUUUCGGAUAUUGCUCAUCGACAAGCUUUGCAUUGGGAAGCAAAACGUAAACAUCUAAAAGAUUUAAUAGAAGCACAAAGUAUCCCACCUCAACGUCAAAGAAGAAAAUCAAAUCGUGAAUCAAUAGGUUCUGAGAAUGAAGAAAGAAAUGUCGGACGUGGAAAAAAAACUAUGAGAGAUUCCUCAAUGUCCGAUGAUGGUCCAACGGAACCCGUAAAAAGUAAAAAAACUAAUAAAUCUCGAAAAGCGUCGGAAACAACAUGACCAAAACUUUAAAACAACUUAUUUAAUACUAUGAUUUACAUUUUAUAAAUGAGAUGGUAAAAAAUAGUAAUCAGUUUUCGUUCCACUGCCAUUCAGCGUUAUAAAUUUAUAAAUUAAUAUUAAUACGCUUACACAAUUGAAUAAUUUGAACGAAUAAUGAAAAUAAAAACUCUGUUCAUCAGAUUCCUUGCAAUAAUUUAUUUAACAUACAAAAUAACAAUAAUUGUAGAGUAACUAUUUAUUUAUUAGACUGUGCCAACUGAAAUCGAUAUUUUUUUUAUUCGGUCCCAUACGAAAAUUAAGUUGUCACACUAAAGAAAAAAAUCCUGAAAAAAUUUCAGCUCGAUAUGUCUAUUUUUCAGUUAGCGCUCGCGUAAAUAAGAAUUUUCUAAUAAAAUUGUUUUUUAUCCCAACUUAAUAUUUUACAACUCAUUAAAUAUAACUGAUUAAAAAAUGGCCAAGGUGCCAUUUUGUAGGGAAUUUAAUUCUCUACAAAAGGAACUUUUGAUCGAAUGAAAAACAUCAGCCAAUUUUUUUCUGCAGCCAUUUUAACCUCAUUUUUUUUCAAAAUUUACAUUUAUAUUUACUAUUAAACGCUUAGAAAACUAUGUUGCUAUGUAUGAAACUUAUUGAAUUCAAUUUCUCUAGGAACCUUUAUGAUCCCAAGGAAUAGUUUUCAUACUUGAAGUAAUAAAACUAACAUUAAACUAUUGAUAUUAUCGAUAUUUCUAACAAUACUUUUUUUUUGUUUUGACAUUUUUCGCAUUUAAUCUUUCUAGUUAUUUUUUUCUGCAUUAAAAUAUCGUUCGUAAUUGUGAUUUUGAGAUUCUCAUACUGCUGAUCAAUAAUUAUUACUUUAUUGAUAAAAAUAUACAUUGUUUAUCAUAAUAAAAUACUUAUAAAAAUUUAAAUAAAGGAAAAAGUGAUGUUCUAAUUGUGCAGAAAAGUUUUUAUCGAUUCUGUUACUAGUUAUUAAGAGCUUAUGAUAUGUCAGGAGACCCUAUUGCGAAUAUAAA